UUCAUCCCUAUCCAUUUGCCUCGAUAUGUUAUCGAUAACAAAGACAUCGUACUCGAAUUGUACUGUUUAUUUAAUUCAUAUAAUAAUAUUAUACUAUUCAAAAUGACGACGAGGUCUUGCGCGUACAAGGAUUGCGAAUAUUACUAUGUUGGCCACGAAAACGCGUUGACCAAAGGAAGAACCCUGUUUGCCUUUCCCAAGCAACCGGAAAGGGCGAGAAUCUGGCACGAAAACGGUCAAGUGCAUCCAAAGAUUCCCCAAAGCCAGCUUUUUAUGUGCUCCCUUCACUUUGACCGCAAGUUCAUAUCCUCCUCGAAGAACCGAACGCUUCUCGUGGGCGAGGCGGUGCCGUAUCCGUAUAAGGAAAACAGUCCCAAGCCGGAGGAGGAGCCACAACAAGUAGCUUCCACGUCGCAUGAGAGCUACUACAUAAAUCUGAGCGACGAUGAGCUUAGCAUCAACAAUGUGGACACAACCUCAAUUUCCACAACUCUUCGGAAAGAUCUUGACAUAGUCCGUGAUAUUCCACCGGCUAAGCGCCCGAAGGAAUCUAUUGCCAUUGCUCUAAAGAAAGCUGUGAAAUCGGAAUCAAAUCCGAUUGCAGAACGAGUUAGAGUAGAACCGGACCAUAUUGAUACUUCUGAAGUGUCUGUAUUUAACUUCAAGGGCCAAGAGUAUGUACAAAUGUCUAUGGAGUAUUAUUUGCAGGAAAAGCGGAAAAUGACUAAACUUUUACAAGACUACAGAAACGUUUUAAAAAGUAUUAAGGCACAAGUGUCCCACCUGGACCUCUGACUUUAUCAAUGUAAUACAUUUUCUAUCAAUUUACUGAAUGUAUAUGCAACAGGCACCUG